AUGCAGCGCGCUGAAGCCCUGGCUACAGCAGUUCCUCGAGGAGGGCGCAGCUGGAAGCUGGAGCUGGGCCUUCGAGCUCCGAUGUGGCGCCUGGAGGCGGCGAAUCCGGAAGCAGCCGCUGAAAGUGGCGGCAGCCUGCCCUGCACCGUGCGCUUCACGCUGCCCUCGACGUAUCCGACACCAACGGCCAGCGCGGCCGGCGGGUAUGCAGGCAUACAGCGAGAUGGUGGCGACUUCGAUGUCGAGAUCGCCGCACCGGGCAGCCUGGGCCGUGAGGCCAUGAAGAUCGUGUCCCGUGCUGCAUUCGUGCGACUGGCAGAGCUGCGCAGCGAAGCAGGCGCGCGGCCGCCCAAGGUCAUCAAAGGCAUGAUCACCUGGAUGCAAAGUACGGAGUUGCACGAGCUGGCAGCCAGCAGCUGCCAACCUCCGAGAGCGCUCAAUGGAGGCCUCGUGCGAGCUUUCGUUCGCUACCACCACGUGCAGUCGCUGAUGAAACGGAGCUACAUGCGAAUGUGGGCUGAAGACUUGGGCGUCGCAGCUUUGCUGGCCGUCGGGCAGCCGGGCAUGCUUCUGGCUGUUGGGCCGGAGGGUCCAUUGAAAGCUUUCCUGGAUCGGGCGAUGAAGAUGGUGCACUGGGGACCAACACCUGCUAGGUUGGUCUCGAGCUCCCCCGUGGUGGCUGCUGACUUCAGCAGCGUCCCAGAAGGCGCUCCUCUCACGGUGCCUGGGCUCCAGGAAGUUUCGGAGGCCUUCCCACAGGCGGUGCGACGAGGUGGCUCAUACAAUGGACGCGACUGCGUGGACUUUGGUGCGUUGGCUGAGGCACUCCGAUUCGGUGGCCACGGCUCUGCCGCCGCCGAGCUCAACAAACUAGCAAACGUGGCCUUCGCUCACAAGGAUGGUCGGGUGGAGGAGUCCUGGGAUGGUAGCGGCUGGGUCGGCUACGUGGAGGCCGAGGCCGUCCUGGCAGCACCUCGCCCAGAAGCGCCGCGAAGUUUGGCGGACCUUGUGCCAAAGCCUUGUGCUGCUUCUGCUGGCAAGGCAGCUCCGGUCACUCGCAGAUGGGGUCGU